AUUAAACUUCAAGGUCAUAGUCAUGUAGCGUUCUAAAACAGCUGACUUGUUCUGUAAGAUGAACUUUGUUAGGCGUCGCCCCGGAAAUAACUCUAUACGGGAACAAACUAACGAACAAACUCUUGAAUGCUCCCACUUGAGCAAACUUUACGGCCAAUGCAGACAAAUUCAAGAUUCAUCAGAACAGGAACAGAUGUUUUAUGAGCUAUUACCCAUCUUCCAUGGAGUUUUGUCAAACUGCAAACCGUUCGAGUUAAUGGAAAAGUUCCCAGAUGUUCAUUCAUUUUGUUCUCGCGCGACGCAGAUGCUUGUGAAGGAAAUCAAUCUUCGUGCUGCCAAUCACACUUCUGAGGAGGGAAGUUACCGUGUCUUUCAGUACCUGGAGCCCUCGCUGCCUACUCACUGUUUAAUAUCUCUAGAGGAAGAACCAGUCCCUUCUCCUUUGAACGUCGAAAACCGUGGAUGGAAUUUGCUCUCGUGUUUGAACCUACUUAGUUCUGGUCAUGUGAACCUCAUAGAGUGUAUUGUUGCUGCAUAUCUUCCGUCGACUUUGGUCAAGUGCCUGUACAUAUUUUUGGACCUACCUGGUGAUACUCAGUCUAAUCCUCCUAUUUUCCACCAUACAUUCAAACAGAUACUACAGCGAUUAAGCCUAUAUCCUUCCUCUGCUGAGGAGUUGGCUCGUAAAGACGCUUUAUGUCUCCUAUUUCGUGCAACAUGUGAAAGGUGUCGCCCUCCCAAUGCGAUUUGGCGUUCGACUGCAGCCUGUAUUUUGUCAACAGUAGCUCAGAAUGGGUUGACGCUUUCCGUUGUGAAAUACAUCCAUGAGACCAAAUGCAUUCAGGAGGUGCUCAGGAUCUCGUCGGACGGACUUCUGGCUCCCAUUGAAUUGUUCGACAGCUUUGUCGCUUUGCUGCAUGUUCUGCGAGAGUCCACCGCGGUUUCUCACGUGUUACUGGAUGAUUUUCGUCAUGCCAAUGGGUACACAGCUAUCACAGAAUUGAUUCUCAAGUUGGAACAAAACCCGGACCAUUUGGUGGAGACCAAGUCAGCACUGCGCACCCUCAUCUCGCUGACCGAGCGGUUGGUCACCUGCGGCGCGGUGGAACUUCGUCCGAAAGCCGGUGCGGGGGAGCAGAUUCACGUUAUACCUGGGUUUCGUGUGCCCAUGCCGAAGACCGGUAUGAGAAAAAGUGUGCGUAACGUACUCGCCUUCGAUGUGUUACAGUCCACAUUUCUGUCCGCAUCAUCCACCGAUCUGUGUCUACUCCUGUUGGACGCCAUCAAGUCUAUAUACCUGCAAGAUUUAGCCAACUAUUUCAUCCUGGAACCUCAGUGCACCCUGGCUUUGUUUGCAAAGAAGAUUUAUCACACCUCAGCAGAAGUACAGAAAGCGUACUUCGAUCUGUUGGAUACACUUGUCACAACGUUGCGCUACGUACCCAUGAAGGAGAUCAGCAGCAUUGUGGUGCUUUUGAAGACACUCGAUUUCAGCUCAUGUGCCGCUCUAACGCUGCAUCACUUCAUCCACUUGUUAAACGAGUAUCGGGUAUUCAGAGACGUGUACCACGACAUCGGAUUGUUAGAGUUGGCUGUGGACUUCUUGCAACGUUUUACAGACCUACUAGACCAAUGGAAAACCUCCGGUACAGAUGAACAUGAGCCCGCUGUCACAUCAGCUUUCGAAGUCGGUCUUCUCCUCAUGGAUUUGAUCCGGCAAUGUGUCACAUCCAGUGGGCCCAACACCGACAUGUGCCUGCGCCUCAAUCUGGCCGACUGUUUGGUGAAUCGUUUGCUCCCAAUCAACAUGACGACGAAUGCGAUAGGCAAGUGUCGCCGUCAAGCAUUGAAUAUUAUGGAGGAACUGAUGUUGACCAACGGGGGCGAUGAGCUGAUGCCGCUACUCCUCACUCAAAUGCACGUGGCUGUUGUGGAACUGAAAAUUGAGAUUCUUCGUUCAUUUUGUCGUGUUCUUCGCGAGUCCCAUCGAUGUCGUGUGGUAUUCCGCAAAGUGAACGGUUUCGUUUAUGUGAUGCAAGAAAUGGUUUACCUGGAGGAUUGCCUGACUUUUGCUCCGGCUGGGACAAAGGGCGGCCAAUUUGAAUCCGGAACCGCCUCGGUCACUUCAUUCGAUCAUUCGGCGCCUGAUCAACACAACGGCCAGCAGUUCACCACCAGGAGUCAGUUUCUCGCCAGUUUGACAUAUGAACAAAUUUUUAGCCUAGUGCGAAUCAUAUUCUCGACUCUUGGCAUCGCCAUGAAGUUUGAACCUGCGAGCGCACAUUACUUUGCAACAGAGAUACAAUACUCCAACCUGACACACACUGUCAUCGCGUUGGGUUCGUUUACUCCGCGAUGCACGACGCAGUCUACGAGUAUUGAGGAGCACAACGCUUCAAUGGAGACAGCUUCUGUCGUCCACAACGGCGUCGAUACGGAUACACCCGAUCUCGUUGGUUCCGACGUGUUCCAAUUCUUGUUCCGAAGUGUCAAAAAGGCAGAAGCCGCAUUGUUUGGCUGUGUCUCCACAACCGGUAAAGCCGCGUCCUCCGAAGUGACUGUUCAACCGCCUGCGUCUCCCAGUCAGCCAGUUGGAGUACCCAGACAUUUGAUCGAAUGUUGUGUGCUCGCUCGAUACGUGUACAACUUGGCUAUUGAUGCUUACGACCGGCGUCCAUCGCGUCUCACAGCUACUGUACCGGACAAGCGACCCGAAGACGAUACUCUGUCUGUGGGUGCCGAAUCCUCACAAUCAGCACUUCUCAAGCAAACUAACGCUGACGGUUCUGCACCGUGUCCACCUCGAAUCGUCCACUCUGGUGCGGUCAUUUCUCUGCUGCACUUAACUGCGGCUGUGAACCGAGACUCGACUCGGACGAUCCACCAAUGUGCUGGGAAUGAGCGAUUUGAUUGGACAGUAUCACUUCAGGAUUGCCUAUUGGAUGUGAUUGGUGAGCUGCUCCAGUCGGAACGUAAUCAGCAAGUGAUGUGCUCUGUGGCGAUGCCCCGUGAGCUGCUCCAUCUUUUCGAGGCGCAGCUGGCCUCCGACACUUCACCACUGCACAAUCGAGUUCUGAGCCUUUUUGAAUGUUUAGUGGCACAAGGUCUGAGUCCCAACGAUUUGAGACAGUACCUGCGCAUCAACAAUCCCCUGUGUUGUCCUGUGUCCGAGUUCACCCAGCCACCUGUGGACACCCACAUGGAUCCGCUGGAUGAAAUCAACUUGGCAUGGACAAGAGCAAAACUUCGCUCCGGUGGACCGCUUCCUCUGAGUCAGGUAAAGUGUCUUAUCGCGACAGCCACCCCGGUUUGCGCGGUAGUUGCCCGACCCACCGCCUCAUCUGCCUCCAGUCUGUCCGGCACAUCUGCUCAUACCACCGAAACCAGCUUUUACGAGUCCACUCAGCAGACCCGCACGAAUCCACCGCCUUUCGUCGAAUUCGAUAUGGGACCGGAGGGCUUUGGUUGCCUGUUUUUGCCCUCAAUCGCCCCUCAGGGACCCGCUUCGGUCGCCAACCUGUCUGGCGCCGCAUCAAUCCCGGAAUCGGAGAUCCUCACUGGCGGUGUGGGAACAGGUGACUCUGUCAUAUUCUGUACUCUGAAAUCCGCCCCCGUUUCACUUACAUCACUAUUCUCACAAACAGCCUAUCAUGAUGGUCUACUUUGGUUUGUAAAAUGUCUUUCCUUCUGUUUGAAGCGAUGUCUGUGUUUGGCGGAUGCACCUCAGAACUUCAUCUAUACUUUAAAAUCUCUAUCACAACAGUUUCUUUAGUCUGCCGGAAACCUACUGUUGCGUUCACCACGACAAGUGGCAUGCGUCAGAGUUUCCCCAAUCUUCACUUCUUCCGGAGUAGAGGUAUGGCGCGCUCACGGAGUCAGUAGCACUCUUUCGAUCGUUCCCUCACCCCGGACCUUUGACUGUUCCAUCUUCCGAUUUAAGUUUAUGCUCAUUCCCAUCAAAUUCUUGUUACCAAUAUUAUUAUUAUCAAUAUUGUUAUUAUGGUCAUCUGUACCAUAGUAACUGGAUCCACCGCGCCUCGAUACACGGAUCAAAGUUGUUGGACUGAAUGAAUUGGACUGAGCGUUCGUUCCGUUAGCUUCCAUCUAUGCAUGCGAUAGAUAAAACUCAAACUCACGCCCCUCCAUUACUCAGUUUUUGCAACCUGGAUAUACACUGUUGCCCGCUUUCACUAUCUAUGUAGCCACAUCCAGUUAGAGGUUUGGAUCGCCUCCUCCUAGGCGCUGAAUGUAGUGUGUGCUUGUUCUCUCGUCUUUUCUUUGUGUCGGGUAAUCUUUGCCUAGCAGCUUAUCUCAUACGGGAGCAUGUUUUUUAUUCUCCCUGUUCGAUCAGCUCCGACGCGAAACGGGACAUCUGGGCUUAUGUGUGUGCGUGUGUGUUUGUGUCUGUAUGACUGCUCCAUCUACCGCUUGGGACUGCGUUCGCUCGCCUAAACCGUAGUCCACAUGUUACAAGCCAGUGCUCAUUCUAUUAUGUCAUACGCAGAGAAAGAUAGCGGUUAUGCAUUCAGCUCAGAUCAUCGAUUCGCGUGUCAUUAAAAAUAAAUAGAUAAUUUUCUUCUCGAAACAUUCGAGGCGCACUUUUCCAGGUUUGAUCAUAGCAUUACAAGCGUUGAUAUAAAUCAUUAUACACGUUAGCUGCAGGUGGAAAACACCUCAGCUAUUGUGCCGCAAUAC